AUGAUAUACGACGUGACGCCAGAUGGAGGGGUUGCCCGAUUCAACAAAUGGCUGGAGGACGAACUGGCUGGCGCAGCGGCCAAGACACCAGCCGAAGAGUCUAUGACCGAGGACACCCGGAACAGCUUUUCGGUCCUUGCCGACAUGGAACGCGCACUGCUGGAGGCGAAGGCGGCACACAACGCCAAAGCUCCCAUUCUACGACUCCCCGUCGAGAUUCUGGCCGACAUAGUCUUCUACACGCGAGACGCGUGGCUAUCAAUGACGUCUCGUGCCGUAGCCUUGGACAAUCCCAAACUGUGGACGUCGCUUUCCGACGACGCUACACCAAGCCUUGCCUAUCUCCUGAAAGUCGCCCUACCGCGUUCACGUUAUAUGAAGAUAUCGUUGUCCAUACGCGUGGAUGACAAGGACAAGGACACCAUGGCACACCUGCUACGCUCACUACGCUCACUCGAGAUCCACGGCAAGAUACCCUCUGAAGAUCCCUCCGCAGGACUGAAUGCUCAGUUGAACCCGCAACACUACUACAGCUCUUUCCGGGAAUCGAUACGCGUAUUGAGACUCAACGUGUCCAACGACCAGAACGAGCGCGUACUGUUGCACUUGGACCCUUUACCCAACGUGCGGGAGCUCAGCCUCACUGGUUCCGCCAUAAACUGGAAAGGCGCCAUCUACCACAAGCUCACGAGGCUCACCCUCGCGCUCAUCACUCCACCGCCAAGCGCACCGCAACUGCGCGGUCUUCUGAAACGAGCGCAACGCCUUCGUUACUUGAAGCUGGACCGUACGCCGGUUACACCAGAAGCCGGGAACCCCUUUCUCCUCCCAGAUAACCUACAGACCAUCGAUAUCAUUGCUCCCGCCCUUGACUUUGCGCAAAGCCUUUCGCCUAGUCGUCGACUACCUAUUGCCUUUCCCCUCCGCAUGAUGAAGCCAACGAAGCCAGGUUCCAAACGAUCGCCGAUGGCUCGGUCACGAUAUGCACCCUGCUGCAAUCAGCAUUCAGUUCACCUACAACACCGUCGCUCUCGACGCUGA